UGCAACAUCGUCUUUCCAGGUCGGAAAAAUCCCUAAGCUCGGCCUCUUCUCCGGGCUUCACAGUUCACACCCACACAAAAACAAUCACUUGUUAAACCCGGUGCUUAGACCAAUUAAUUCGAAGUUUAUUUGGCAAUAAAGAAAGGAGGGUUCACUUUGUAAUCAAGAAUGGCUAAGCCGGAGCUGUCAAGUACUCUAAAAAACUUGAAGUUUAUGCAAAGGGUAGCUCAGAAAGAGGAUAAAGCUAAGAAAGAAGAGGAAGAAAAAGAACUUGUACCUGAUGGAAAUUUCCCUUCCCGUAGUGGCUCCCAAAAAUGUGUUAUCAUUAUGGAAGGAGAUCCCCAACCUGGAGCGAUCAGAGGCCGGAUGUCAUUUCUAAAUUUUAAUCCUUCUAUAGAUAAACUGAAUGAUGAAGCAUCAAAUUCAGUUCAACCUGAGGCCCCAUCUACCAGUUCAGGCAGAGAAAGAGAAACUAAUACAGAUCGAGGAGAUGGCUCUCCCCAAGUUGGGCUCGAGAACGAAGAACUAGAAAAUUCGGGCUGCGGUUCCAAUGGAGAUCUCAAACGGAAAACGGCAGAUGGGUAUGAGCCACAGUAUCCAAAUAAAUCACAGAAAAGUAUUCAAGGUGAUGAACGGUCAUCUCCUCACAAUAAUCGCACUCCUCAUAAGCAGCCUAAGCGGGAGAAGCUGGACUGGAAUGUUCUAAUGCCUCCGAAAUCACGAAGCAAAGGAAAGUAAGAUUUAUGAAUAGAUUCCAAUGGAGUUCGGAUGAAAAUUUUUUUAACUAAAUUUUACUUGCAUCCAUUAUAGGAUUGGUAGCUGUAACCUGAAUUUGUAAGCAUAUAGUCAGAGGCUGAUUUAAUUUUAGCCGUGCUAGUUUUUUAAAAUUUGCCUGAGAAGUUGUGAUUUUCCUUUUUUUAUUUUUAUGGAACUGCAGAAACCUUUUUGCCUUUCUUUUCA